AUGCAGUCACAAAAUAAUGUAAAUCUGGGGAGAUCGGAUAACCCCACCGCGUCGGGAUCGCAUAACUCUCGCGUGCAGGAUUUGGUACCUGGGUCCUGUUCGACAAGUAUGCCACAGAACAACAGAAAUAGAACACCUUUGCAGUCCGGUGAACAGCAUAUACAUUCCGAUAUAGCUCUUACCGUGGCUGGCAGACCACGACAGCGCAGAAAAUGGACUUAUACUAUAAAUGAAGAUUUAUUACGCGCCUACUAUAUAGCUACAAACAAUGAAAGAGAUAUGACAGCAUAUCGAACUACACUACAUACAAUAUUCGUUGGGCACCAUCCGGACUAUAAUGUAUCCGAACAGCGACUAGCAGAUCAAGUACGGGUUAUUCAUAGAAACAAUCUUAUACCAGAAUCAAGACGAAACGCUAUCAAAGAAUCGGUUGCCGAAGUAAGUAAUGAUCAAUCGACAGAAACUGCAGAAAAUGAGCAAGUGCAAUUUGAAUCAACUAAUACUUCUACAAACGUACAUGUACCAGGAACACGUAAUAAUGUAAAUACGAUAGAAGUGGAAAAUGAACAACCACCUCCUGCUUUAAAUGUAAAUUUAAUUGAUGUCGAUGAAACCACGGAUCAGCAGGAAGAUGUAAGUAAUGAACAAAUGAGACUUAGAAGUAAUCAGCAUAGCUUAAAUGAGAUUUUUGAACAACAAUUUGACAUUUACAGUAACCUUAACCCUCUUUUAAGGCCACGCAUUCCGAAAAUUAAUACUAGUAAGAAGCUAAGUUUUCUUAUUGAAACACUUAACAAUGAUGCGAUCCUGACAAAACUGAACAAUGUGAGCAAUUUGCAAGAAUUACAUACUAUUGUAUAUGUAUCAGCUAUAACAAUUGCUACUACAAUGGGAUGCAAGAUAGGACAACCCAGAGAUGGACCACGAAGAGCUGCAAUUUAUGGAAAUAAGAGUAAUACGCUACGAAGAAUACAAAUUAAAAUUGAUCAUUUAAGAGGAGACUUAGAAAGAAUAAAUAAGUACAUUGAAGGUAAUCCUACAAGAAGACUUAAAAACAGGAUCAAUAAGAUAUUAAAAACAUACAAUCUUCACACACGCUACGAAACAAAUCACACGAAUAUUAUUAACACAAGAGACACUAUAAAACAGAAACUAUGUGUACAAGUAGCGAGACAGCGUAAAUACAAGUUGUCGAAUCAAAGACGAGAAAACAAUAGACUCUUUAACAACAACGAAAAGCAAUUCUAUAGAAAAAUACGAUCCAAUGCCAAUACGUCAGACGACGUAUAUCCAAGUAAGAAUAGUGCAGAAAAUUACUGGAGUUCACUGUGGUCCAAUACACAAAAACAUAAUGAAUCCGCUCUUUGGAUUGAAAAAGAGAAAGAGAAAUAUCAAGAAAAAAAAAUGUCAACUUGUCUAAUUACAUGUGAUCAGGUCAAACGAAUUAUAGCAAAAACACACAACUGGAAAUCUCCUGGACCAGAUCACAUACAAAACUUUUGGUUUAAAAGAUUUACUGCAGUCCAUCAAAAAUUAACUGAACUUUUAAAUGAAUGUCUACAAAACCCCGCAACAUUUCCAAUCAUUUUUACGAAAGGAAAAACAUAUCUAAUGGCGAAGAAUAAUGGAUUUAAAGGAAACCCAGCAAAUGGCCGUCCAAUUACUUGCCUCCCAACAAUAUAUAAGAUACUCACUGCUUGUAUUGGCGAACUUAUAAAUACAUACCUUACACAAAACGAUAUAAUGUGCGUAGAACAGAAGGGAUGCAAAAAACACGCAAAAGGAUGUAAAGAACAACUAAUAAUUGACCAAAUAAUAUUGGAACAAGCAGCUAAGAAAAAUAGAAACCUACACAUGUGUUUUAUUGAUUACAUAAAGGCUUUCGAUAGUGUCCCGCACAGUUGGCUGAUUGAAGUCCUGAAUAUAUACGGUAUUCAUUCAACUAUUGUUAAUUUUCUUGAACACAACAUGACGAGAUGGCGAACAAACAUAGAAAUGUUCACUCAAAAUGGUGUCAUACGAACAGAUGAAAUAAGUAUUCGACAAGGAAUUUUUCAGGGUGACUGCCUGUCAGCCUUGUGGUUUUGUAUGGCGCUAAAUCCGCUAAGUAAUCUCUUAAGGAACGCAAAGUAUGGCUUCAAAAUUAAAGGCAAUUCUCGAGAAUGUAAAAUAAAUCAUCUCAUGUAUAUGGAUGAUUUAAAGAUAUAUGCUUCGACGCGAGAAACCUUAGAUAAGCUUAUUAAAAUAGUCGAGGACUUCAGUAAUGACAUUAGAAUGAAGUUUGGCAUUGAAAAAUGCAGAAAAAUCAGUAUUGUUCGUGAAAAAAUCGUUAAAUUCGAAAAUUUUGAGCAAAACGAAUCGAUUAUUAAAGACAUGGAAGAAGACGAACUGUACAAAUAUCUUGGUGUAUCUCAAAGCAGAAGAAUAGCAACAAAGCUGUAA